UUAUUAACACAGUCAGACAGCAGAAGAAUAAGCCGGUUACAGAUGUUUACUGCAGCACAAAUCUCAGUAAGUUUCGACAAUGAGCAGCCAGCCUCUUCAGGUGAACGUGGAAAACUGGAUUCAAGAGAACAAGAAUGCUUUUCUCCCACCAGUGUGCAACAAGCUCAUGCACUUUUCCCAGUUACUUAUUAUGUUUGUUGGAGGUCCUAAUACCAGGAAGGACUAUCAUAUAGAGGAAGGAGAGGAGUUGUUCUACCAGCUGAAGGGGGACAUGUGUCUGAAGGUGAUUGAAAAUGGGAAACACAAGGAUGUGCACAUCAAAGAGGGAGAGAUGUUCCUGCUUCCAGCUCGGAUCCCCCACUCCCCACAGAGACAAGCGAACACUGUUGGGCUGGUGGUGGAGAGGAGACGGCUGCUGACAGAGACUGACUGCCUGAGGUAUUUUGUGGACAACAGCACCGACACCCUGUUUGAGAGGUGGUUCUACUGCCAGGAUCUGGGAACCCAGCUGGUGCCAAUAAUCAAAGAAUUUAUGGCAUCAAAGCAGUGCAAAACAGGAAAACCUGAUCCAAAUGAAGUUUUCAGAGAGCCUCCGUUCCAGCUCAACACGAUGAAUGUAAUGUCGCCAUUCUCCGUCAAAGACUGGCUGGAAAAACAGAGGCCAUCCCUCGCCGAUGGCAGGACCAUUGACAUGUUUGGAGCCCAGUUUGAGACUGAGGUAAUGGUGUUUGGGCCUGGACUCUCUGAGUCAUCGGUGCAGCAAACUGAUGCCUGGAUUUGGCAACUGGAGGGCUCUUCAAGAGUAACUGUGGCCGAGCAGGAGUUCACUCUCUCUGAAGGAGACAGUUUACUGAUCCCUGAGCAGAGCCAGUAUCAGUGGCAGAGAGAUGAAGGGACUGUUGCCUUCUUUAUUGUCCAAAAUCCAGAGCGAAAGAGACCCUAAUCCUCGUCUGCCAAACCCCAGACACAAUGAAACAGAACAGUGGUUCCCUACCUAUUUUACCCGAGGAACCCCUUCAUACCACUACCAAAAAGCUGUGGACCCCCCACCUGACUGGCUGACUCCUUUCCUUUAAUUAACAUAUAGCCUUACUUUUUUGUUUUAUUUUCCUCAAAAUAAGUACGAGUCAUCAGCACUGUGGUAUUUCGCAGACAGGACUUAAUGAAUUGGUGCAAAGUUUGUGUUUUCAGUAUUAAUCAGCAGUUUGUGAAACUGAGCUCACAUUAAUUUAGUCAUGAUGACCGUAUAGAGGAAAUGGAAAAAAAAAAACAAAAAACCUGUGAUUCAAGCGUUUGUUUUCUCUGUCAGGAAAUUUCAAAUACAGACUUUCUCCCACAGACUUUGCUAUCCUGGUGCAAAAAUCCAAGGAAAAAGGCAAGUUUGAACUUGUAUCAAGAACGCUGCUUUUCUGCCAGAUUAUGCUGAGUCAUAUUAUGCCAACUACAGCUUCCCAGAUUCUUAGUUAACCCGCAAUCUGUAAAUUAAAGGGUCUUUUCCAGAGAAAAACA